UAGAGCUGAGCCUGUAGCCAGGCGCCAUCUUUGACGCUGGCAGUCUUGGAUUUCUGCGGGUGCUGCUGCUGUGAGGACGGCGGGCGGCAGCGGCUAAGAAAGAAGAAAGACGUGGCAGCAAGCGGGAGUCGGGGACAGUGUCGGCGGUUCGGUAAAGUUUCUGUUCUCUGGGUCCCACUACUUGGGAGAUAUUCUCAAACUCCACAUACUGAAAGCCACCGACCUUAAUCCGGUAUCCUACACCCCUUCCCUACUUUAAUUAACUCCCACCCCAGCCCUCCGCAUCGGAGUCAAGAACAACAGGGACACUUCCGUUCUCCUUGUAGGAUUGAUGAAACCGUAAUGAAGAACACCCCUAAAGCCCCAUAAUCGGUGCGGAUUCCUAUGGGGAAGGCCCAUGUUGUUGACAUCUUGCAGGCCUUGGUUCUGGACCUUGAGAAGGAGGCUGUGGAACUAGUGAUAGCGAUGCUUUUUAGGGUAAAUAUUUGGGGAUAUUCCCUGCCCAAAAAUUUCCUGGAAAAUUGACUAGUAUUAAGUGUGAGUAAAAGGUGUCCACUUUUUUUUAAGUUUUGAUUUUAGUUUUGUCUUGGAUAGUAUUUGGCAAGAUUUAGCCUAGAAAUUAUGUAGUAUUUAUUACAUGAGAAUCAAAAUUGCUUUGUUACGGGGCUGGUUUCAAAAUUUAGAACUCAUUUCUAUGUAUCAAAAUCGUUUUUUGUUUUUGUUUUUUGGGUUUUUUUGUUUUUUGUUUUUUUAAUUCUUAAAUGGUAAAUGUACCAUUGUGAAAUGAAAUUUCAACUCCAAAAGUUUACCCUUUUACUAACUGGAGUAAAUGAAUAAUUAUAAAGUCUUUGGUUGUAGCCAUCACUUGUGAAGAAAAAAAAAAAAAAAAAACGAAACCAGGCUGCCUAAGCAAGCCUUUGCAGGGCCAAUAUUGAAUGUCAUGCCAGUGACACUGGUGUUGCUAUAAAGGAAGAAAAAGUCUUCCAUUAGAUAGAAGCUUUCUGGAUUGUGACAGCGCCAGUUCAGGACGGCUGUAAUGCUGCUCUGCCUUCCACAGCUAGCUGCACCACUCUGUAGUUACUCGGUAACUAUAAGUUUCUAUCUUUUUUGGUUAAACACUCCCUGAAGAUGAGAAAUAUGUACAUACAUCCAUAUUAUACACAUUGAUUCACGUGUAAGGAUUUCCCUUCAUGUUUAUUCUGUGGGCUGGGCACAACUUAGUGUAACAUAGCGAUACACGUCAUGAUACUUUGGUAUAAGAGUAAGUUCACUAUUUUUAUAAUGAACCCAAAUCUGAAGGCUUUUGUAGUGUAUUUUAAAAGGGAAAACUUACCCAAAUGUUUUAUUUCUACACAUUUGUGUAUAUGUGUGUGUGUGUGUAUAAGCCAGUUAGUAUAUAUGUAUAUGUAUAUUACAUACAUAAAACACUUGAUAUUUUUUCAUACAAGUAUGCUUUUAUUAUACAGAUAAUAAAGAUGGGGGAAGGUUUCUGUUUUUUUCUUAAUAGGUGAAGAAAUCUUGAAGACCAGAAAUUGGAUCUUAUUGAAUUUUGGUGUUCUUUUUCUUUUUUCUUUUUCUUCUUUCUUUUUAAAUUAUAUUGUUCGGCUGUGGAAGAUGGAUUUUUUUUUUUCCAAUAAUCCUUUGACUCUGAAGUUCAUCUUUAAAUGAACUCUCUUUUUUGUUGGUUUUUAUUUUUGUUUUUGUUUUUGAGGAGAUAACUAAGCCUAGCUGUCUCCAGUCUGACAAAGGUUAUUCGAAUGGACUUAAUCUCCCAGUAGUUGGGAGAUGUUUUAAAAACACGUCCUGUGUUUGAAUUGUGGCUGAGAGGUUUCCUUGGCAAUGUGAGGAGGAAAAUUCUUUCUGCCCCAUUAUUAUUAAUUCAUGGAUUGAGUGUUGGUUCGACCUACAGGCGUAAUAGAUUGGAACUCAGUGAAGACACAGAGGUUCCUGUUGAGAGCAACCAGCUAAUGAUUGCAUUUUAAAGACGAUUUCUCUGAUUGAGUUGUCUUUUGGAAGAUUAAACCCAUUUCAAGAGGACUUGGAGCUGGUCCUCGCCUUGAGGAAGCAGUGGCUUGUUUUCAAGAAGCCACUUCCGAUCUAAGGAUCUACCCAGCAUGCCUAAUCAAGGAGAAGACUGCUAUUUUUUUUUCUAUUCUACAUGUACCAAAGGUGACAGCUGUCCCUUCCGUCACUGUGAAGCUGCACUAGGAAAUGAAACUGUUUGCACAUUAUGGCAAGAGGGGCGCUGCUUUCGGCAGGUGUGCAGGUUUCGGCACAUGGAGAUUGAUAAAAAACGUAGUGAGAUUCCUUGUUACUGGGAAAAUCAGCCAGUGGGAUGUCAGAAACUAAACUGCGCUUUCCAUCACAAUAGAGGACGUUAUGUUGAUGGCCUUUUCCUACCUCCAAGCAAAACUGUGUUGCCCACUGUGCCUGAGUCACCAGAAGAGGAAGUGAAGGCUAACCAGCUCACAGUUCAACAGAACAAAUUGUCUGUCCAGUCUAAUCCCUCCCCUCAGCUGCGAAGUGUUAUGAAAGUAGAAAGUUCGGAAAAUGUUCCUAGCCCCACCCAUCCACCAGUUGUAAUCAAUGCUGCAGAUGAUGAUGAAGAUGAUGAUGAUCAGUUUUCUGAGGAAGGUGAUGAAACCAAAACACCCAUCCUGCAACCACCUCCUGAAGUUCAUAAUGGAUUACGUACAGCCUCUGCCCGGAAACCUGGGGUCAAUUUGAAGCAAGGUGAAUGUUUGAAUUUUGGAAUAAAAACUCUUGAGGAAAUUAAGUCAAAGAAAAUGAAGGAAAAAUCCAAGAAGCAAGGUGAAGGUUCUUCCGGAGUUUCCAGUCUUUUACUCCAACCUCAGCCCAUUCCAGGUCCUGAAAAAGAGAAUGUUCGGACUGUAGUGAGGACAGUAACUCUUUCCAGCAAACAAGGAGAAGAACCCUUGGUAAGAUUGAGUCUCACUGAGAGACUGGGAAAAAGAAAAUUUUCAGUAGGUGGUGACAGUGAUCCUCCAUUAAAGCGUAGCCUUGCACAGAGGUUGGGGAAGAAAGUGGAAGCUACAGAAACUAACACUGACAAAGCACCAAAGAAAGUUCAUGUUUCCAAGUCUCUGAAGGAGCGAUUAGGCAUGUCAGCUGGUCCCAACAGUGAGGAGGCAGCAGAGAGAGUCACUAAAGUUGGUGAGAUCCAUGUGAAGACAUUAGAAGAAAUUCUUCUUGAAAAAGCUAGUCAGAAACGUGGAGAAUUGCAACCUAAACUCAAGACAGAAGGACCUUCAAAAGUUGAUGAUUCUACUUUAGGAACAAGAAGCCCCUCCACUAUCCGAAUCAAAACUUUCUCUGAGGUCCUGGCUGAAAAGAAACAUCGGCAGCAGGAAGCAGAGAGGCAAAAAAGCAAAAAGGAUGUAACUUGCAUCAAGCUAAAGACAGAUAGUGAAAUUAAAAAAACAGUGGUUCUGCCACCUAUAGUUACCAGCAAAGGACAAUCAGAGGAGCCCGCAGGUAGAACAAAGUCUAUGCAGGAGGUGCACAUCAAGACACUGGAGGAAAUUAAACAGGAGAAGGCACUGCGGGUACAGCAGAGCUCUGAGAGCAGCACCAGCUCCCAGCCUCAGCUUGAGGCUGCCCCAGGGGCAAGGCGGCUUCUCCGAAUCACAAAAAAACCAGGUAUAAAAGAAGAGAAGAAACUUCAAGAAGGAAGUGACGUUGCUUCCCAGAGCAGUGUUAUUAGAACAGAGGCUAAAGAGGCUUCAGAAGAGACCACAGGAAUUGGCAUCACCAAAAUUCAAGUCAAGAGGUGUGAGACCAUGAGAGAGAAGCACAUGCAGAAACAGCUGGAGAGGGGCACCUCACAGAAGGAAAAAUCAGUUUUGACACCCCUCCGGGGAGACGUAGACUCUUACAAUACUCAGAUAGCAGAGAAGCCGGUGCUCACUACGGUGCCAGGCCUCACACGGCACCUGACCAAGCGGCUUCCCACAAAGCCAUCCCAAAAGGCAGAGGUAGAAACCUCAGGCAUUGGGGACUCAAUACUGAAUGUGAAAUGUGCAGCACAGACCUUGGAAAAAAGGGGUAAAGCUAAACCCAAAGUCAAUGUGAAGCCAUCUGUGGUUAAAGUUGUCUCAUCCCCCAAAUUGGCCCCCAAACGCAAGGCAGUGGAGGCCCACCCUGCUGUCAUUGCAGCUGUGAAGCCACUCAGCUCAAGCAGUGUCCUACAGGAAAGCCCCACCAAAAAAGCAGCUGUGGCGGUUGUCCCACUCCUUUCUGAGGACAGGUCAGUCACUGUGCCUGAGAUGGAAAAACCUAGAGACAGUCUUGUGCUGCCUCCAACCCAGUCCUCUUCAGAUUCCUCCCCACCAGAAGUAUCUGGCCCUUCUUCAUCUCAGAUGGCCACGAAAACUCGCCGACUCAGCUCCACCUCAACAGGAAAGCCCCCGCUUUCUGUGGAGGAUGAUUUUGAGAAACUAAUAUGGGAGAUUUCAGGAGGCAAAUUAGAAGCUGAGAUCGACUUGGAUCCUGGGAAAGAUGAAGAUGACCUUCUGCUUGAGCUAUCAGAGAUGAUUGAUAGCUGAAGGCAGUAGAACAUUUAAAAAAAAAAAAACAAAAACAAAAACUGGACUUAGUUUCAUCUAUUAUAACAUUUACCCAAGAUGAUCAUUUCUUUAGUCUAGAAUUUGCCCCCAAUCAGACGUAUACCUCUGAAUUACCUGUAUGUGUCCUGGAUUCCUUGGGGUCAGAUUUUUAAAGUCCCUUGAUAACCAUUUUGUCCAUUCGAUACCAUGGUUUAGCAUCUAUGAGAAAAAUGUUCUUACACCUCCCCACAGAAAAACUGAGAGGGAGAACCAAGUCAAAGGGUGCAAGAGAACUUAGUGACUCCUUGAGGUGUUUGUCAGUUUGGGCUUUUUUCCUCUUUGCUGUAGUAUUUCUUUUAUGUAUUGUCUUAAUGUACUUAUUAAUGUAACCUGAGUUUGAAAAGGAUGAAGACCAGCUGCUGCCAGUGAGGACCAAAUUUCACACUACCACUAAACAAAAGAUCCACUCUGUCUGCGUUAAAUUGUAUGUCUUUUUAAAGGUAUUUGGAGAUUCAACUAAGCUUUAGAGAAGGCUGAGCAGCUCUGGAAGCUUGUAAUCUGGACAUAACUUUUCAACCUGAUUUCCAUGCUUCUGCUGCUCUGUCAGCCUCUGAAGAGCAAUAGCUAAUUUAUUAUUACUGUAAUUUUUUAAGGCUUUAAAGUGCCUCAGGGGUCCUCUGAAACUAAUUUUCUAUUUCUGGGAUUCCCUGGAUUCUUAAUAAGAGAUGGUGACAUAAUGAUUAGAGGAAUUCUUUUUUUAGCAUGAAAGUUGUCCUUUCUCUUCUUCAAUACUUGCCUCCUACUGGCAUUGAAUUCUCACAGGGAUUAAAAUUGGUUAAUUUUUUAUUUCUAACUCUCCCAGCAAACUCCUCUUGCCCAGUUAUUUAUUUGGUGCCCUUUAACCACCAGAGGGGAAAAAAUGAACUCCUCCAAGCUGCCAAUAUUUAUCUCUGGACUGUAGCAGUACACCAAAUUGUACUGUAGCAGGGAUGAUUGAGAUGCUCUGGGGGUGUAUUGUAUACCUUCCAGUUUUCUUCAUGUCUGAAUUGAAUUUUUUUUUCUUGAUGUCAGUCUCCUUCAUAUCACCUCAAGGUUUAGACUUGUGAAGGAACAAGUAUGAUGGGGAUACGAGUCUUGAAAGGAGACAUAUUGUACAUAAUCAGAAGGAAGAGGAAAAAAGGACUUGUCCGUUUUGAUACUUUGCUGUAGGUGGCCAGUUUUGUUUCUCAUAGGGAAAUCUGAUCCACCUGUCGUGUUGGCUCCUAAGGAACUGCUGUUGUAAGCGGCUCAUCAAGAGUUGAACCUCAUGUAGCCUUGUUGGGAAUAUGGAAAAGGAAGAAAGCCACAGGACUGCCCAUUCAGUCUUGGGAAGAUCUGGAUGAUUCUGCACACAAGCAAAAAUGACUUGAAAUUUAUGUACAGACACCUCUCUACCAAUCCAUCUUCAGCUGACUGAAUGUUGUAUAAUAGCCCUUCUCCAAAGCAGGGGUGGAAUGUUCUGGUUUCACCACAGAUUUUCUACUCAUUUCAUUUUUGGAAUCAGCUUAAAGAUUCCAGGUCCCUUUUGUAUAUAACCUUUAUUCUUUUUCUUUUUUAAAAAUAAUUUUGUUUCAUAUUUAAAGUCCUUGUAUUAGUCAAUGAUUCAUGUUCAGCAUUAUUUGAACCAUUUGCCAUUACAAGAAAGAGAAAUACUUAUUUGUGUUUUAAAUAAAACUGGUGUAGGAAAGUCUGGA